UUGUGGUGAUGACUAUAAUCAGACCUUUGCGACAUCCGAAAAACACUGCCAUUUCUCAUGUUCAGACAAUAGAAAAUGUGGAGGAUACGGAAAAAUGACAAUCUACAACACUGACUAUGACGUAAAACCACUAUUCUUUAUUCCUGGAAAUAAUACGAAGUUUCUGGAAGUUUGGAACAGAAACGUCACCAUGAAAUUUGGAAAUAUGUUUACUGGAUUCGUCAUGAGGAGUCCGGCAAUUGAUUGGUGGAAUCGGGACAAGCUGUUCCACAAACCGGAAUAUGUUUCUAUGAUGGCAUUAAAUCAGCAUGGACAACUUCUUUGGGCAAUAGAUUUCUUUACCAAUGAUACAAACGCAAAUAUUGUAAACUGGAUGACAAAGGAUCAUGUUCUACCGAACGAGUUUAUCAAUUCAUCAACAAAAGAAAAAUUGAAAAUUUCUAUUAAGCCUAAGAAAAAACAAAUUUUGAUAAGUGAUAAAACAAAAAGUGAUCAUGUGUGGUUUUAUCACGGAGAUGUUAACAACGACAAAGCAUAUGUAACUGUUGUUUCUCCAAAACAGAAUGCCCUACGAGUCUUCUACAAUAAAAUGAUUGAUGAUAAAAGUAAAUAUAUUGUGUGUAGCUGGGAUCAAAAGAAAGAAAAAUGUUUUCUAACUUUAGUGAAGACAAUUAUUCCAGUUAUAAUGACUGACUGGUUGGUUUAG